AUGGCGAAUAAGAAGGGAUCUGGAAACCACAAGAAGGGGUCGCGAGAGAACCCCAUCUCUCUUCACGAUGAUACCGCCUCAAAGGCCUCGGUCCAGCGCGGAAAUAACAAUGCUGACGGAAAUUCCAAAGCAUCUCCUGCGAAGCCUAAGCAGACACGGGCCAAGGCUUCGACUAGCAAGAAAGGGAAGAAUAGAUUUUACCUGCCCAUCUCUGACUCUGAAUCUGAAGUCGAGAAGAAACUCGAACGUGAGUACCCACGAAACUCGAGAUGCAUAGACGAACUAAUUGCUAACAAUUCGCCUCAGGGUGACCGAUUUGGCACGUGGCAGCUGCACAAGCAGCUGCGGGAGAACGCUCAAGCGCGGAAGGACGCCGGACACAAACCGCCAGAUGAGGAAGACUACAAGGAUCUCGAUGGUGAUGAUGACCUCCUCUUUAAGGAGGAGACUCGGCCCAAAAAGCGGGGCAAGAAGCAGGCCGGUCCUGCGGUCCGCAAGCGUGCAAAGUCUUCCUGGAAGCCUUUUGUUAGCAGCUCGAAAGCUAUGGACCACUUGAUGGCCCGGGUCGUAGACAAACGUCGACGUGAUGAUAGCGACUGA